AUUGCGCAUGACACGCAUUAAGUAGUGUUUAUCUUUAUAAAGUCAAGAAUAAUUUAGGAGGAUUAUUUUAUGUAAUUUUCAGCUAUUUUAGGAUUAAAUUUUAAUAAAAAUGGUGAAGUGUUGUACUGUUUUAAAUUGUUUGAGUGGGAAAAAAAAAGAGCGAAAGAAAAAUAAUGACUCCAAUCCUCGACAGACUUCUCUAUUUAAAAUUCCACAAGAUGUCGAUAAAUUGCGCAAAUGGAGCUUAGCAUUAUGUCAAAAUUUGACAUCAGACAAAUUUGUUUGCGAGUUACAUUUUUCGGACGAUGACAUAAUUAAAAUAGAUAUGCUACCAAUAUUUAAUCAAGAUACUUACAUUUCAAAUCGAAAGAAAUAUACUUUAAAGCCGAAUGCCAUUUCGAGAGUUGAUAGAAUUCCAAAUGUCGUGGAAGCUGCUAAUUUGCAAAUAGAUUCUGAUAAUGUACUUCCGGCCGCUAGAACUCCCGAAGUUGAAACUUCUAGUAGCACUCCGGAUCUUAAUGAACAGUCUGAAAAUACUCAACAUGAAAAUUUAAGUCUAAGAGAAACAAAUUUUAACAGUGAUAGAUUAUUGGAAACUUUGAAAACUAAUAUGUUGCCCGAAAAAUGGAGCUGGGCUAGUGAUGCAACGGAUAAUCAAAAAAUAUUUUUGUUUUAUGCUGAUCCCAAAUCUUUAUCAUUAAAAUUUCACGUUAAGAUAGAUGAAGCAUUAAAUAUUAUGGUGACUAACUUGAAAACCAAUAAGUCGACGGCAAUAACAUUUACUCUUUUAAAUAAAGAAGAUUUUUGGGAUUUAUUAAAAGAACUAGAAACUAUUAAUUUUUGUGAUGGCACAGGAUUCGAUAGCAACAGGUGUUCAGUAAGUUGUGAAAAUUUGUUGACAAAUGAAAAUCAACGAUAUUAUCAUGGUAUCACCCGAUGUCAACCUUGCCGAACUCUUCGGCGUCAACUCCAAAACCGUGAUAAUAAAAGUACCCAAAAUUAAAAACUGCAAUGUAAUAAGCUAAAACGUCAAUUAAUUUCCCAGAAGAGGAAGACUUUACGCUUACAGCAAAGGAAUAAUGAACUAUCGAAAUUGAUUGAUGAUCAAAAAAUGAAAUGUGCUGCUGUUGAGGCUGAGACUCUAGAAAAGGCCAUCGCUGAUCUGCCUGAAAUCCAACAAAAAGCUGUUCGAGCAUGUUUCGAUGCUGCUAAAGUAAAAAAUUCCAAACAGAGGAGAUACGAUAUUGAGUGGGUAUAUGAAUGCCUGUUAAUGCGCAUAAAAAGUUCCGCGGUAUAUGAUCGUCUCAGAGAAAGGGAAAUUUUACCCCUCCCCUGUAAAGACACGCUAAAUUCCUACAUAAAAAAAUUGGAUAGCGCAUUCGGUUUUCCUAAUGCUAUUUUUGAUACACUCGGUUAUAAAGCUUCACGUAUGGAAGCACAUUCCAAAAGGGGUACACUUCUUAUUGACGAAGUAGCGUUGAGUGAAGGAGUCAAGUUAAAUACAAGAACAAUGAAGCUAGAUGGAUUCGUUGAUUUGGGAGAUUAUACGCCAGGAAAAUUUUCUAAUACAAGAGCAGAUCAUGCUCUCGUAUUUAUGUAUCAGCCAUUUCAAGGUGAUUGGGUACAAGUGGUUGGAAGUUUUCUUAGCAAAAGUUCUGUUACUAGUGAAAUAUUGUUUAAACUGAUAAUAGAAUGUAUAGUAUUAAUUGAAAAAGCUGGGUUUCAUGUCGAUUAUGUUACGACCGAUGCAGCCCAAUGAAAUCGGGGUGCAUGGAAGUUAUUUGGUAUAGAAGAUAGAAAAUUUAGCUGUAAGCAUCCUUAUGAUACUGAGAGACGACUAUGGUUUGCUUCUGAUUUUUGCCACUUGCUGAAAAACUUCAGAAAUGGAAUAAUUAAACCCCCUUCUUUCUGGACUCCGGAUGGUAUUAUCAAAAUGCUUCAUUGGGAAGCACUUUUGAAGCUUGAGGCAUAUGGUAAAAUGAACUUGAAAAUAGGUUUCAAAUUAUCACCUCAUCAUUUAAAGUCUGUAGGCUUUCAAAAAAUGAAUGGCUUGUUCGCUACGCAGUUAUUUUCACGUCAAUUAAAAGUAGCUAUGUCAAUGUAUAAAGAUGAAUGUUAUGAGCUGCACGACUGUGAACCUACAAUAUCUUUUAUGGAAAAAGUAGAUAAUGUAAUCACAGCUAUGAACUCUCGAACCCCAGAAAACGCUUUACGUCCAGACACUAACUGUUCAAUGAGAAAGGUAUUUCAAUGAAUAUUAAAAUAACAUAUUUAUUACAUAAUUUCAGUCUUUUGACAUCAAUAUUCUAAGGCUUCAGCCAAUAAAACGAUACCGCAGUUAAUUAAGUGCUAUUGUUGACUUCGAUCAAUAUCUCCACGAUUGGGAGAAAAAAGCUAAAGAGGAGAUAACAAAACAAAAAGCAGAAAAAAAAAGAAGAAGGCUAAUAAAGCUGAUGAUUUCGAUAAUUUUGAGGAGGAUUUUGAGUUUCCAAUCACAACCAGUACUUUAACUGGCUUUAAAAUAACUCUCGGAACUACUUUGGAAUUACUUGAAUUUUUACGCGAUUGAAUCAAGAUGCUUUGGAAAAAUUCUUCGGAAUUAUGCGGUCAGCUUGUGGAUGUAACGACCACCCGGAUCCAAUACUUUUUGGCCAAGUUUUCCGUCUUCUCUGCAGCUAUUCUCUAGCAACACCACCGAGGGGUUCCAACGUCACCGGUGGGGAAUUACUAAAAUCAUUGAUGCACAGUAAAGAAUCAUUAACUGCAUAUAGUCAAAAUAAAAAAAUUUGGCUCGAUAAAAUUGAUUCUAUUGUUGAAACAGGAAUAGCAAAUGAGAACCCAAGAUUUUUUAAUAAUAAUGAUGGUGAACGUUUACCUUUUGAGCAUUGGGUCGAUGAAACUAGUGAUGAAAGUGAUGACAAUGAAACUACUGAUGUCUGUGAUUUUAAUAAAAGAAAUGUGAACUCUACUCAAAGAGAAAAUACCUGUGAUGAUAAUAAUAAUAAUAAUAAUAAUAAUUUAAGUGAUGUUGAAAAAUCUAACUAUUGUGAUGCUGAUACUAAUAAUGAUAGUAAUAGUGCUUGUUAUGUUUCUACUAAUAAUAAUAAUGAUAACGGUGAUAAUAGUUCGGCUAAUGCUAAUGAUAAUUAUAACGAUAAGUCGCCGGAGACACCCUUAGUUAAUAAUACCUCUAACAAUGGAGAUAGGUCUAAUAUUUCAAAUGAUGAUUACGUUCAUUUGGAUCAUGAUUAUGACAUAACGCAUACUAGUGAUCAUGUCGUUUCAUACAUUGCAGGAUUCAUGGCCAGAAAAGUUUCUCGUUUUACGAAAUGUUUAGACUGUAAAGAAAUGUUAACUGCUUCAUUUCCAACGGAACAUGACAAAUUAAUUGAAAAAAUGAGCAAUGGAAAUUUAAUUUAUUCAAGUGAGGCUUUAUUUUUACUCAUUAGACAAUUAGAAAUUCAAGUAUUAAUAGUUGUUGGAACAAAAAAUUUUACAUCGGAUGCAAUGUUUCAAAUUCUUGAAAAAGUUUCACAACUUGAUGAUUUACCAAUUCUUGGAUGUGAAAAACACCGCAAAGAAUUUAUGAUAAAGAUUAUAAAUAAUUUUAUUGUGAUGAGAAGCCAUUUUUUGACCGACUUUUUCAAUCGCAAUGUAAACAAUCGUCAAAUAAUGACUAAACGUAUGCGCAAAUUUGCGAAAAAAUAAUAUUUGUCCCUAACUCUGUACUUAUCUUUAAUUAAACUUAAUUGUUGCUCGCUUCGAUGUCCUUAUUAAUAAUUUUUACAUAAAUAAUAAUGAAUAUUUGUUU